AGUUACAAUCCCGAAGGAUAGGGAGAGAUUUCAGGGAUGACUUCUAGUAUAUGUGCAUAAUCCUUCGCUCUUCAUCCUUUUGUGCUGACUGAGAGGAAAGACAGUGUGCCCAGGACACCGAGAAAGAGGUUCUUUCAAAAUCUCCAUCCGGGGCAUCUGUGAAUUUUAGUCUGCGCAAUGGCGGUUACCAUGAAGCAGAUGUCUCUUCUUGUCUCAACUUUUGGAAUUCUGUCUUUCAUAUUCGGAGUAAUUGCCGAAAAUAAGAAGCCUGCUUCGGGGACUCCCAUAGCGGGGAAAGAUGUUGUUAUUUGCAAGUAUCCAUCUGAUCCAUCUGUUGUGUUGGGGUACCUAUCAACUGUGUUUCUCGUGGCAUCAGUUGUGGUUGGAUAUAUAUCUCAAUUUUAUCCUUACAGAGGGAAAUCUGUUCCACAAGCUGUUCUCUUUCGAAGCACCAUGUUCCUUGUUUUCUUCAAUAUUGCUUUGUUUUCGGGGGGAUUAGCCCUAACCAUGCUAUUGUGGCCAACAAUUACGGAGCAGCUUCAUCUGGCUCGAAAUGUACACCAUAAUCUUGAGACAACAUGCCCAACGGCAAAAACUGGACUUUUUGGUGGAGGUGCAUUUCUUUCUCUUGAUUCAGCCUUGUUUUGGUUAGUUUCUCUUAUGCUUGCUGACAAUGCUCGAGAGGAUUACUUUGAUGAAAUAGAACAAGAUAGGAAGGGUGUCGAUGGUCAAGUGAUGUCAAUGUCAUCUGCCUACAGUUAUGGCACUGCCUAAGCCAUAAUUUUCAAUUCUAAAACCCCAUCCUUUGGUUCAGACUUUUGCUAUUUCUCUUAUAAAAGGUGUUAUAUUAGCAAUGUCCAGCAAUGGAAUGUCAUUUCAUCGUAAAUAUUGUGGUUAAUUACUGUUUGGUUUAAUAUGGAACUCUCUUGUUUGUGUGACAA